AUGCUUUCCCUGGAUGAGCCGCUGGACCUGAAGCUGCCUCGGCGAAGCAACGGACGGGACCGGGGCUCGCCGGUCAUCCCGAAGCGGGCUCGCCAUCUCCGCAUGACGGACGACGGCACGGCGGUCAUCGAUCCCGCCUCCCCGGCAUCCCCGCACGCAGGUAUGCAGGUCCCCCAUGACCGGACGGAUACCCCGACACCCCCUGCGGUGGAUCUGAGCAUGUCUCCGUCCUCUCUUCGUCACACACCUACUUCGCCUGAGAUAACCAAUGGCAACUACGCUCCUGCAGUGAAUUCCCAGCUUUCGCAAGCCUUUCAGUUUUUUGUGCCAAUCGGAGGAGGGGCGGGACUUCACCUGCCGUCUUCCAUGUUCAUUGGCCAGAUGAGUGACAAAAGGGCAUCCCCAGACCUCUCAUCAGAUGAGCAGCUGGCUUGCCGCUGGAAGAAGUGCCACCUGCUGUUUGACUCGCUUCAAGACCUGGUGGACCAUGUGAACGACUUUCAUGUUAAACCAGAGAAGGAGACAGGUUACUGCUGCCACUGGGAAGGCUGCGCUCGAAAAGGGAGGGGGUUCAAUGCCAGGUACAAGAUGCUCAUUCACAUCCGCACGCACACCAAUGAGAAGCCUCAUCGCUGUCCCACUUGCAACAAGAGCUUUUCACGCCUAGAAAACCUCAAGAUACACAACCGCUCACACACAGGUGAAAAGCCCUACAUUUGUCCGUAUGAGGGCUGCAACAAGCGCUACUCCAACUCAAGCGACCGCUUCAAACAUACGCGUACGCACUAUGUUGACAAGCCCUACUACUGCAAGAUGGUGGGCUGCCUGAAGCGCUACACAGAUCCCAGUUCUCUACGCAAGCACAUCAAGGCCCACGGCCAUUUUGUGGCUCAGGAGCAGGGUUCGCCGGGUGGAGUGGGGUCCUUGCUGAAGGGAAGUCAAUGUGGGGGAUUGGCUAGCGGCGGGGGGAAGGAUUCGGAAAUGUCCUACGUGAGCGGGGCUCACAUUAUCAUCCCGGGGACGGGGACCGCUCUCUUGGGCGCCCAUGCUCUUCAGGGCCUGGGUGGAUCCCUUCCCUUGUCCCCUCUCAGUCCUCGGCCCCUGGACCUCAGCACGUUGGGUUGCCCCAACUCCCCUUCGGGCAGCUUGGGAGGGGCUCCCAUCCUAUCGUUCAACGGCUUGGCUAAAUCGCCCCUGCUCUCUACGGCAUUCGCCUCCUCAACCCUAGGCGUGCCGGUGGUGCCCGUGCUUAGUUCAACCGCCGAGCAUAGGGCCCCGAGCCUGCAGGCGAAGAAGGGUCGAAGGGAGGAGGCUGAGAACGAGGUGACCGGGGGGGUGCUUAACCUUUCCACAGGAGGGUCUCAUGAUCCCAUGUCCUGGGUGGUCAUCCCCCCAGGCACUGUGGUGUUCAAGCCAGCUGUGGUCAACUGA